GUGCGGGCAGCCGACACUGACACCGUAUCCUGCACAGAAGACGGUGAGCACUCUCACACAAUCUUGAACCUCAACUUUGCUCAUUUCUAGAAUUCUCAAGUCUUUGUGUGAUCUCUCCGAGCCCGCCAACAUGUCUUCGUCCCAAAUACCAGCCGGCAAGACCUGGUUCGACACCCUCAAAGUGCAUUUCUCCGAUGUGCCCAUUGGCGCCGACCAGGGGAUUUCCACUUCCGAGUUUAUCGACGCCUCAGAAGCCACAACAACCCUCUUUGACCUUCUCGGCUCUGUGGCCUUUACCCCCGUCAAGAAUGACAUGCUGGGCAACGUGGGAAAAGUUCGGGAUCGACUGAAGGCAGCCCCCGCCGAAUCUACAACCUUGCAAUCAUUGGUAAAGGCCGAACUUGCGUCCAAAUCACACAAGGCCACUGAGGGGCUGUUGUGGUUAGUCAGAGGUCUUGACUUCACUGCUCAAGCCCUCCGAGCCGACAUCACUGCCAACGAGGGAAUCUCCGUCACGGAGCAAAAGCCGAAGAAGGAGCUGGCAGAUGGGUUCCGAACGAGCUACAAGAACACCCUGGCUCCUCACCACAGUUUCCUCGUCAAGCCAGUCUUUAGCGCUGCCAUGAGUGCAACUCCAUACCGAAAAGACUUUUACGCCAAGGUGGCCGGAGAGGGAACCAGUCCAGAGGUGGUUAAGGAGCAGUUGGAGAAAUGGGUGUCUGCAUUGGAAGAGCGGGUCAGCAUCCUCAAGACCUUCCUCGCAAGCAAGGAGGCCAAAUGGUAGAGUUGGGACAGAGACAUCGACAUCACCAUCACCAUCACCUUGGGCAGGGCUACAAUGCUGGUAGGUCAUAAAAGAAAUGGGACAUGUCUGCUACAGACCACAGGAAACAGAUAAGCGGCGUCACAUAGGGUCGAGCAUGGCUAUAUUCCGAAUCCCAGCACAGACAAUGACGAUAUUAUGAAGAUAUAGUAUAUUUCCCGUCGUGUCUAGGAAGUGCUCUCGGU